AGUGAUUCUUGGGGUAUAUAAUACGGAUCAUACUAUGUGAUUGUCAGUUGACAAACGAAAUUUCUUCAAGAUGUUAGGUAAAAUUUUCAUCUUUGCUCUCUUCGGUAGCUCCUGCCUGUUGGCUAGUUCAAAAGCUGAGGAAAAUGAUGAAAAUUCGAGAGAUCUCAACGUCGAAGUAAACAGCCCAAAACUUGAUGCUCAACUUGAUUGGUUUAAUAAAGUUGGCCAAACUGUAAAGAAUGCCAGUGAAGAUUUGGAAAAGCCAUUCAAAACGGCUCACAAUGAUAUUUGCAAUUUUACAGACCAAGGCCAGAAAUUAUGCGGACAAAGCAAAGAUAAAUUUGAGGAAUUCAAUGUAAAGCUUGCCGAUACGAUCACCGAAUAUCAAGUAACAGCUCUCAAAAAAUCCAUCAAGGACUUGACCAAAGUUCAUGAGUAUUUGAACAAUCAACUCGACGCUGUACAAAAACGGUCGAGUCGAUCGAUUGGCUCUAAUGUGCAGAAUAAUAUAAACGGUCAGACUGGAGAUGUUAUUCCCGAUAGCUCACACAGUGCAUCUCAAGACAAUAAAUUAUUGAUUGCCGUAAGAGACAUCGAUAGUAGUGGAACCAAUAAUGGUAACCAUCAAGUCCAAAGUGUCAGUCCAAAAGGAAUUAAUAAGUUAGAAGAUAUAGUUGAUAACCUUACUCCUAAAGUGCAGGGUGCCAUUAAAAACGGAAUUAACACUGCUAAUCAGAUAGGAAACGUUCUUCCCGAUGGAUCUCUCGUCAUAUCUGGAGGCAGUAACUUAUUGAACGACGCAAGAUACGCCGCUAAUAGUGGAAUCAAUAAUGUUGGUUAUCAAGUCCAAGCUGGGAUUCAAAAAGGAAUUAAUGAUUUAGGAUACGUAGUUAAUACUAUUCGCCCUACAGUUCAGGCUGGCAUUAAUAAUGGAUUUAACACUGCCAGUCAGAUUGGAAAUGUUCUUCCCGAUGGAUCAAUCAUCUUAUCUGGAAACAGCAACUUACGGAAUGUGGCGGAAGACACGGCUAAUAGUGGAAUCAAUAAUGUUGGUCAUCAAGUCCAAACUGGGAUUCAAAAAGGAAUUAAUGAGUUAGGAAACGUAGUUGGUAAUGUUGGCCAUACGGUUCAGGAUGGCAUUAAGAACGGAAUUAACACUGCCGGUCAGAUUGGAAAUGUUCUUCCUGAUGGAUCAAUCAUCUUAUCUGGAAACAGCAACUUACCGAAUGUGGCAGAAGACACAGCUAAUAGGGGAAUCAAUAAUGUUGGCCAUCAAGUCCAACCUUGGAUUCAAAAAGGAAUUAAUGAUUUAGGAUACGUAGUUGGUACUAUUCGCCCUACAGUUCAGGCUGGCAUUAAUAAUGGAUUUAACACUGCCAGUCAGAUUGGAAAUGUUCUUCCCGAUGGAUCAAUCAUCUUAUCUGGAAAUAACAAUUCACCGAAUAAUAUGCAACACACCGAUAGUCAUGAAAACGAUAAUGUUGGUCAUAAUGUCCAUGAUAACAUUCAUAAACGAAUUCAUGAAGUCGGUAACGCAGUUCAUAAUGUUGGCCAUCAAAUCCACGAUGGCAUUCAUGAAAGAAUUCAUAAAGUUGGUGACGCAGUUCAUAAUGUUGCCCAUGAAGUCCAUGAUGGCAUUCAUGACAGAGUUCAUGAUUUAAAAAAUGUAAUCGGUAAUGUUGGCCAUAAUAUCCAUGAGCAAAUUCAUGACAGGCUUCAUGCAUUGAAAAACGUAGUUGAUAAUGUUGGCCAUAAUGUCCAUGAUGGCAUUCAUCAAACACUUAAUGGUUUUAGAAAUAUAGUUGGUAAUGUUGGCCAUGGAGUCCGUAAUGGCAUUCAUAAUACUCUUCACGGUGCGUCAUCCCAAGUGAAUGGUAACAGUGAAUUGGUAUAUUCAAACACAAAUCAAGAGCCUCUUACACAGAACGGAUUCAAUCCAUUAAAUAUUGUCAGCCGUAGAAGUCAAAAUAAUGAAAAUGUUGAACAAGGUCAUACCUUUGAAAAUGCAGGCAAGCAGGUUGGCGGAACAGUUGGAGGUGUAUUUGACAGUUUUGGAAACUUGUUUAGAUAUUAAGCAAGUAUUGAUAAUAUUUACUACUUGUAAAUUCUAUGUGUAUUAAAUCGAAUAAGUUUUCCUUUUUUCAACCAAUAAAACAAAUAUUGAUGUAUUGACACAUAUUAGCAGGUAUUAUGUAUUACUUUAUGAUGAUUUCCUUUACUUUAUUUUCUUUUGAUUUUUAAUGAAUCAAUAAUUUUUCU